CGAACAUCGAGGGAGCCGACAUCUUGACUUGAGCUGAGUGUGGACCAAAACAACCCCAAUCUUUACCUAAUUUACCCGUUUUGGGUUGAGUUUUUGUGAACUUUAUGUUUACUAUUUUUAUUUUCAUUUGAAUCUGUACAUAAUUUUGUUAAAUUUGGUUUCGUUUGUGCAUGUGUUAACCGAUUAUUUUGAACCAGUGGCCAAGUUUGGACGUUAUGGCCGAUGUUCAGUAUAUCCCACAGAGAGGAAACAAAGGCAAGAACCCUGAUAAUCCUGCAUCUUUCCUGCCAACCCUCCCAGAGAAACGUACAAAACCAACAUGGCAAGCUAAUCCUCCAUCUUUUAUUCUAUCUGGUAAAUCACCAGAAGAUGAGGUGAUUGAAGAGCUUAAUGUUGCUACACAGUUAACCUCUAGAGAACCAAAGAAAAAGAAAGUUAAAACAAGAUCCUGGGAACCAGAAACUAAUGGUUUAGCAAACGGUAAAGGCAAAGGAGGAGCUGUUGCUGCGGCUGGUUUUUCACAUCCUAGAAAAGACAGAGAAAGUUUUAGAAGUGCUCUUGUUAAUAUCAUAUUGCAAGAUGACAGAGCAACACCUCCUCCAAGACCAUCAUCUGCAGAUGGAGAACUGCCACCAUUGUCAAGAACUGGCUCACCAACUGCUGCUGAGAAAGAUAUUCUGAGGUAUUAUUACUACAUUCAUAAUGGAAUAGACACUGAGCAUGUAGCCCCAAUGGAAGAUGCAUGGCUAGAAGAUGUACUUAAACUUGUACCAGAACAUUUGAAAGAACUUGCUGACACGAUAGAAACCUUAUCAGAUGAAAUGAGGGAGGACUAUUUACUCAGUGUGAAGAAAGCCAUUGUUGACUUUGUUCUAAGAGACCCACGUGAAAAAGAUGAUGACAAAAAACAAGUUCUACCUCCCCAUAGAGCAGAACUGGCAGUGGUACCAAAGCCAUGGAAUAAAUCCUAUUUGUGUGCUCUAGCUGAGAUUGACAGCAAUCUGCAUGUUACCAACCCAACCAUGUUACAAGUCUUAGAUAUGUGGCAUGUUUCGUUUGGCAAAUUGAGAUUAGUUGACAUUGAAGAGUUCCACAACAGAGAAGAUUCCAUGGAAUUAGCAGUUUUCCAAAACCUUGUAAUGAGACACAUUGAGGCGGCUAAAGAAAAACUGCUGAAGAAAUGGUUCCCAGAAGUGCAGAAUAUCUACUAUCAAGGUAACAGACGUAAACAAGUACCAAGCAGUAACAAUGGUCAGAAAUUAGAGUCCUUUUUUAACUGUGCUGCUACCUUGAUGACUGCACAACUUCAAAGCUUAGCCUUGUUAUCAGUCCAAGAUUACACAGAUCUUAUCUGUCAGCCUCCGGAAUCUAUUAGAGCAUAUGAGCACUCAGGAUUCAUCAUUAGAUUGGUCCUGGAAGGAAAUGACAUUAAAUUUGAACCUGCUUUCUCAGAUUUUGAAGUUGUAUUACUAAAUGUUUAUGAUGUCAUGGUGAAAGCAGUGGGUGUUGUCCCUCGUGUUGAAACUAAACUAUACGCAGAAUGGGCUGGCAAUAAAGCUAAAGCAACACUCAAGCCUGUUAUUUUAGAUGAGAUCUUGGAAGCUAACAAGGCCAAAGUCAAGGAGAUUAUACAGAAACAAAGUACUGGACCUAUCGAACAUCUCAAAAUAUAUGAUAAAUACAACUUCUUAGUUAACAAACAGGCAGAUGCUGAUGUUGACCAGUUCUUGGCAGAAGAACACACAUUUCAUGAUUACACCAAAGAAGUUGAAAAAUAUCACAAACUAGUUGAUGAAAUACAGUACAACUCUAGAAAGGUUAUCCGUUUGGGAAUGUUUGAAUUACACUGUGAUGAAUUAAUCAGAGCUCUAACCAAAAGAGCUGAUAACUUACAGAGUAGACUCUUAACAAAGAUGUCAACAGACCACCAGGAAGCUAAUAAAAAACUCUGUGAAGAAUAUGAAGCAAUUGCUGAAAAAGCUUUAACCACCCCAGCAAACACAGAACAAUUGAUGGAACUAAAGAUCUUCAUUGAAAAAGUAGAAAAUGAAACUGUCUUUGAAAUGGAGAAGCAGCUUGUAGAAGCCCGUGAUCGCCUUGCAUUUCUUGCAGAUUUUGCAUCAUUCUCACCAGCAGAAAUGAGAUUGAAUAACAACACAUUUCAGUGGAAUGAACGCAUGCCUGAAAUAUUCAAUGAACAUAAACAGAUAAUGCAAGAAAAGAAGUCACAGUAUGAGGAUGGUCUUAAACUAAGACGUGAUCGAUUUCUUGAAGAGUUGGAUGGCUACAAUAAACAGCUGGAGGAGUUCCAGACAUUCGGUGACAUGACAGAAAUUCAUCGUUACCUGAAAAAAGCACAGGCAUUAAACCAACGUCUGGAGGCUGCUGCAGAUAAGAUUGAGGCAUUCAACAAUGAGGAAGAAGCAUUUGGAUGGCAAAUGUCACAAUAUCCACAACGAAUGCAGAUUCUCAACACUUUGACACCGUUUCAUAAAUUGUAUGAACUGACGGUGGAAUUUAAUGGACGACAUAAACAAUGGAUGGAAGGUGCAUUCCAUGAAAUAGAAGACCCAGACAAAAUUGAACAAGAAGUUGGAAACUAUUGGCGUAGUUUAUACAAAUUGGAAAAAGGUUUUGGUGAAGGUUCCAAUGCCAAGAAGAUUUCCUCCAAAGUGAAAACUAAAGUUGAAGAAUUCAAAGAACACCUUCCACUGGUGUCAGCAAUCUGCAAUCCUGGUCUAAGAGACAGACAUUGGGAACAAAUGUCAGAAAUUGUUGGCUAUCCUCUCAAACCUGAAGAGGAUACCACUCUGUCUAAAAUGAUUGAUAUGAAUUUAGAGCCAUACUUAGCUAAGUUUGAAGGUAUCAGUGAAGCAGCCAGCAAAGAAUACUCUCUGGAGAAAGCCAUGGAGAAGAUGGUGGGAGAAUGGGAAAACAUGGAAUUCAACAUGAUUCCUUACCGAGAAACUGGUACCAACAUCUUGUCCUCCGUGGAUGAUAUCCAGAUGUUACUUGAUGAUCAGAUUGUAAAAACACAGACAAUGUGUGGCUCACCAUUCAUCAAACCAUUUGAAACUGAAAUCAAAGAAUGGGAACAUAAGCUGCUUUUACUGCAGGAAAUUUUGGAUGAAUGGUUAAAAGUACAAGCUACAUGGCUAUACUUAGAACCCAUCUUUAGCUCCCCAGAUAUUAUGGCUCAGAUGCCAGAAGAAGGUCGUCGUUUUGCUACAGUUGAUAAAAACUGGAGAGAUAUUAUGAAGGCUGCUAUUAUGGAUAAACAUGUUCUUGCAGUCUUAGAGAUUGAGAAGAUAUUAGAGAAGCUCAAAAAAUCAAAUGAGCUCCUUGAAUUGAUCCUGAAGGGUCUGAAUGAUUACUUGGAGAAGAAACGUCUCUACUUCCCAAGAUUCUUUUUCCUGUCCAAUGACGAGCUACUGGAAAUAUUGUCAGAGACCAAAGACCCAACUCGAGUGCAACCCCAUCUCAAAAAAUGCUUUGAGGGAAUUGCCCGUUUGGAGUUCACAGAUAUAUUAGAUAUUACUCAUAUGCUAAGUAGUGAAGGGGAAGUUGUGCCCCUGAAGGAGACGAUCUCCACGUCAAAGGCCCGUGGCCAAGUAGAGAAAUGGUUACUUGAAUUGGAAGGUAUAAUGGUUGCUAGUGUACACAAAGUUGUUGGUGAAGCCCUAGAAGCAUAUGCACAAACUCCUCGCGUGAAAUGGGUGGUGGAAUGGAUGGGUCAGGCGGUAUUGUGCGUCUCCCAGAGGUACUGGACAACAGAAGUUCACCGAUGCUUCAAGGAAGGACAAAAAGCCUUAGAAGAAUUUUUAGAACUAAAUAAUUCUCAAAUUGAUGAUAUUGUCACUCUCGUUCGUGGUAAGCUCAACAAGCAGAACCGCACCACCCUAGGUGCUCUUGUUGUACUGGACGUACAUGCUCGGGACACACUGGUAGCAUUAGUUAAAGAGAAAGUAGGAAAUGAAAUGGACUUUAUGUGGCUAAGUCAGCUGAGAUAUUACUGGAUUGAUGGUCACAUGAUAACAAGAAUGAUCAACUCUCAACUUCCAUAUGGUUAUGAAUACCUUGGUAAUUCUGGUCGUCUUGUUAUUACACCACUGACUGAUAGAUGUUACAGAACCUUAUUUGGCGCACUUCAUCUUCAUCUUGGAGGUGCCCCAGAAGGUCCAGCUGGAACUGGUAAAACAGAAACCACCAAAGAUUUGGCUAAAGCUGUAGCCAAGCAGUGUGUUGUAUUCAACUGUUCAGAUGGUCUAGACUACAUUGCCCUAGGAAAAUUUUUCAAGGGUCUUGCUUCUUGUGGUGCUUGGUCCUGUUUCGAUGAGUUCAAUCGUAUCGAUUUAGAAGUUCUGUCCGUUGUAGCUCAACAGAUUCUGACAAUUCAAAGAGGUAUUAGUUCGGCAGCUGAUACCAUGAUGUUUGAAGGUACUGAAAUUAAACUGGAUCCUACAUGCGCAACAUUCAUUACAAUGAAUCCAGGUUAUGCUGGGCGGUCUGAACUGCCUGACAAUUUGAAAGCUUUAUUUCGUACAGUAGCGAUGAUGGUCCCUGACUAUGCAAUGAUUGCUGAAAUAGUUCUGUAUUCUUGUGGAUUUGUGAAUGCUCGACCACUGUCUGUCAAGAUUGUGGCAACAUAUCGUUUAUGUUCAGAGCAGCUGUCAUCACAGCACCAUUAUGAUUAUGGUAUGAGAGCUGUUAAAUCUGUGUUGACGGCUGCUGGUAAUCUGAAGUUAAAGUUUCCUGAUGAAAAUGAAGACAUCUUAAUGUUAAGAUCAAUCAAUGAUGUCAAUUUACCGAAAUUCUUGUCACAUGACUUGCCAUUGUUUGAGGGUAUUACAUCAGAUUUGUUUCCUGGUGUCUCCUUACCUAAACCAGACUAUGGCAUAUUAACAACUGCAAUACAGGAGAUAUGUGACAAGAUGAAUUUACAAAUGACAGAAGUCUUCCUUACAAAAAUUCUCCAGAUAUACGAGAUGAUGAUUGUAAGGCAUGGUUUUAUGAUUGUUGGUGAGCCAUUUGGAGGUAAAACAAUGGCAUAUCGUGUACUAGCUGCUGCACUUACUCAAGUUUGUGAAAGAGGUCUAUUUGAUGAAAAUAAAGUGCAAAUUACAGUUAUCAAUCCCAAGUCUAUCACCAUGGGGCAAUUAUAUGGUCAAUUUGAUCCUGUAUCUCAUGAGUGGUCUGAUGGUGUUCUAGCCGUCAGCUACAGAGCUUUUGCUUCUUCUACUACUCCUGACCGUAAAUGGUUGAUCUUUGAUGGCCCUGUUGAUGCUGUCUGGAUUGAAAAUAUGAAUACUGUCUUGGAUGAUAAUAAAAAACUAUGUCUAAUGAGUGGUGAAAUCAUCCAACUUGCUAACACUACAAACUUGAUCUUUGAGCCUAUGGACCUGGAAGUUGCCUCUCCUGCUACUGUGUCUCGUUGUGGUAUGAUUUACAUGGAACCUCAUAUGUUAGGCUGGCGCCCUGUCAUGUUAUCUUGGCUCAAUGAGUUACCACCAACAUUGUCUGAUAUGCAUAAGAAGAUGAUUACUGACUUAUUUGAUAGGAUGGUGCCUGCAUGCCUUCAGUUUAUACGAAAAGGUGGAGUGAAGGAGUUAUCACCCACUAAUGAUACCAACUUAGUCAAAUCAUUGAUGAAUUUGAUGGAUUCCAUGUUUGACGAGUUCCGUGAUGAGGCAACAUUUAACAAAAUGGAUGAGAGAGAGGUCUGCUCUUGGAUUGAGUGUAUAUUCUUAUUCUCUUUUGUGUGGUCCAUUGGUGCUACUACCUCUGAUGAUGGCCGUGCCAAGUUUGACAUUCUAUUCCGUGAAAUCAUGGAAGGUGGCCUGUCAGAAGAAACAAGAGCUAAAUUCCAUAUCCUGGAAUUGGUGGACCCACCUCUGAAAAACCUUUCUAUGCCGAUCCCAAAGGGUGGCUCUGUAUUUGAUUACAGAUUUGUUAAAGAGGGUUCAGGUCAAUGGGAAAAAUGGAAUGAAGAAAUUAAAGAUGCUCCUCCAAUUCCCAAAGAUGCGAUUGUCAAUCAAAUCAUCGUACCAACAAUUGAUACUGUGCGUUACACUGCACUUAUGGAAAUGCUUGUGACGCACCAAAAAGCGUGUCUUUUCGUUGGACCCACUGGAACUGGAAAAUCUGUCUACAUCAGUGAUUUCCUGCUGAAUAAAAUCGACAAGGAACUGUACAAGCCAAUUGUCAUCAACUUUUCUGCUCAAACAAGUGCUAAUCAAACACAAGACAUUAUAAUGUCUAAACUUGAUAAGAGACGUAAAGGUGUCUAUGGACCGCCUCUUGGAAAGAAAACUAUUGUGUUUGUUGAUGACUUGAAUAUGCCUAUGCGUGAAGUAUAUGGCGCUCAACCACCUGUUGAACUUCUUCGUCAAUGGCUUGACCAUUGGCAGUGGUAUGAUCGUAAAGAUUGCUCUCCGCAAAAACUUGUUGAUGUUCAGCUUAUGGCUGCCAUGGGACCUCCUGGUGGCGGUCGUAAUCCUGUUACUCCUCGUUUCCUGCGUCAUUUCAAUUCUAUUACUAUUAAUGAAUUUGACGAUAAUACUAUGCGAACUAUAUUUUCCAAAAUUAUGGACUGGCAUAUCAAUUCUCGGAGCUUUGGUAAAGAAUUUGCGCCUCUUGUUGACCAGAUUGUUCUUGGAACUAUGAACGUCUACAAAAGUGCAAUGAUAAACCUUUUACCUACACCAGCAAAGUCACAUUACUUAUUUAAUUUGCGUGAUUUUUCACGAGUUAUCCAGGGUGUGCUGUUGUCGUUGCCUGAGACAUGUGAAACCCCUGCUGCAAUGAAAAGAUUAUGGACCCAUGAAGUAUUCCGUGUGUACUAUGACCGCUUAGUAGAUGAUGAUGAUAGAGCAUGGUUAUUUAAACAUACUUGUGCAGAAGUACUAAAAAAUGAUCUAAAGGAAGACUUCAAUGAGUUGUACAAACAUCUUGACAGUAAUAAUGAUGGAAAAGUUGAAGAGGAUGAUCUCCGCAGCUUGAUCUAUUGUGAUUUUUCAGAUCCAAAAGCUGACAAUAAAAACUAUCUUGAAGUUCUCGAUUUAGAUACUUUGACACGAGUAGUAGAAAAUCAACUAGAUGAAUUCAACAACCUGAGCAAAAAACCGAUGGAUUUAGUUAUGUUCAGAUUUGCCAUUGAGCAUGUAUCGCGAAUCUCGCGUAUUGUCAAGCAACCACGCAGUCACGCCCUGUUGGUGGGUGUCGGUGGUAGUGGACGUCAGUCGCUCACUCGUUUAGCCGCACAUAUGGCAGACUACGAACUAUUCCAGGUUGAAAUUAGUAAAAGUUAUACAAAAACAGAAUGGAGAGAAGAUCUGAAGAGUAUCUUGCGCAAGUCCACUGAGGGUGAACAGCAUGGUGUCUUCUUGUUCACCGAUACUCAGAUCAAAGAGGAAUCUUUCCUGGAAGAUAUUAACAACUUACUAAAUGUUGGUGAAGUUCCGAAUCUGUAUGCUUUAGAUGAAAAACAAGAAAUAUGUGAAAAGAUGAGGUCUAUUGAUCGUCAAAAAGAAAAAUCUCGCCAAACUGAUGGUUCACCAUUGGCAUUGUUUAACAUGUUCGUAGAUCGUUGUCGUGACCAACUUCACGUUGUUCUGGCUAUGAGUCCUAUUGGUGAUGCAUUCCGUAAUCGUCUGAGAAAGUUUCCAUCUUUAGUCAAUUGUUGUACUAUAGAUUGGUUCCAGACAUGGCCUGAAGAUGCUUUACAAGCUGUGGCCACUCGUUUCCUGGAUGAAGUCCAGAUGUCAGAUGCAGAAAGACAUGGAUGCAUCACUAUGUGUAAAGAAUUUCAUACAUCCACACGCAAUUUGUCCGAAAGAUUUUUAAAUCAACUGGAUAGACAUAAUUAUGUGACUCCAACCUCCUAUCUGGAGUUGAUCUCCACAUUUAAGACAUUGCUUGACAAAAAAAGAGUUGAAGUAAUGAGAGGAAAGAAAAGAUAUGAAAUUGGUUUAGAGAAACUACAGUCAGCUGAAUCCCAAGUGUCUGUCAUGCAAAAAGAGCUUGUGGCGUUACAACCACAGUUGGUUGUGGCCAGUAAGGAGGUUGACGAAAUAAUGGUUAUUAUUGAGAAGGAGUCCAUUGAAGUUGCCAAAACUGAAAAAAUUGUCAAAGCAGAUGAAGAGGUAGCCAAUCAGCAGGCGCAGGCGGCACAGGCUAUAAAAGAUGAAUGUGAUGCAGAUCUUGCUGAAGCCAUACCGAUCCUGGAGGCUGCUUUGGCUGCUCUUGACACUCUGACACCUCAGGAUAUCACGUUAGUGAAAUCUAUGAAAAGUCCUCCAAGUGGUGUUCGUAUUGUAAUGGAGGCUAUAUGUAUUUUGAAAGGUAUAAAACCAGACAGAGUACCAGAUCCUAGUGGUUCUGGUAAAAAAAUUGAGGAUUUCUGGGGUCCAUCAAAGCGUUUACUUGGUGACAUGAAAUUUUUACAGUCACUUCACGAAUAUGAUAAGGAUAAUAUCCCAGCACCAAUUAUGAAGAUUUUACGUACUAAAUAUAUUCCUAACCCAGAGUUCGAACCCGAGAAAGUUCGUAAUGCGUCUACUGCAGCUGAAGGUUUGUGUCGAUGGGCAAGAGCCAUGGACUCGUAUGAUAGAGUGGCAAAGGUAGUGGCACCCAAAAAGUUAAAACUAAAAGGUGCUGAAGCAGAACUAGCUACUGCCAUGGCCUCACUGGAGAAGAAAAGAUCUGCUCUCCGUGAAGUUCAAGAAAAACUGAAAAAGCUUCAGGAUAAGCUUGAAGCUAACAAACAAAAAAAGGCUGACUUAGAGUUCCAAGUAGAUCUAUGCUCAAAGAAAUUGGAACGUGCUGAGCAGCUCAUUGGUGGUUUAGGUGGUGAAAAAACAAGAUGGCAACAAGCUGCAAUGGACUUAGGAGCUUUAUAUGUCAACUUGACUGGUGAUGUUCUCAUCUCAUCAGGUCUUGUUGCAUAUCUGGGAGCAUUUACAGCAAACUUCAGACUAGAGCAACUUAACGAAUGGGCCAUAAAUGUAAGUAACAAUGGUAUCCCAUGUUCUGGCCAAUUUUCUCUGAUUUCUUCCUUGGGAGAGCCAGUGUUGAUCCGCCAAUGGAAUAUUUGUGGACUACCAACAGAUAGUUUCUCUAUUGAAAAUGGUAUCAUUAUUAGCAAUGCCCGCCGUUGGCCGCUGAUGAUUGAUCCACAGGGCCAAGCCAACAAAUGGGUUAAAAAUAUGGAGAAAGCAAAUAAUCUACACACUGUUAAAUUAAGUGACAGUGACUUUGUUAGAACACUUGAAAACUGUAUACAGUUUGGAACACCUGUGUUGAUGGAAAACAUUGGGGAAGAACUGGAUCCUCUCUUGGAACCUUUACUCUUGAAACAAACAUUCAAACAAGGUGGUAGUGUGUGUAUAAGAUUAGGAGACAGCACGAUUGAAUAUUCACAAGACUUUAGAUUCUAUAUGACAACUAAACUCAGGAAUCCACAUUAUUUGCCUGAAACAGCUGUCAAGGUGACGUUGUUAAACUUUAUGAUUACACCAGAGGGUUUGGAGGAUCAGUUAUUAGGUAUUGUUGUUGCAAGAGAACGACCAGAGUUAGAAGAAGAAAAGAAUGCCCUCAUUAUACAGAGUGCAGAAAAUAAAAGACAACUGAAGGAAAUUGAAGACAAGAUCCUAGAAGUGUUGUCCACCUCAGAGGGUAACAUUCUUGAAGAUGAAACUGCGAUUAAAGUAUUAUCCUCAUCUAAAGUAUUAGCCAAUGAGAUUUCAGAAAAACAGGCCAUUGCUGAAGAAACUGAGCAAAAGAUUGACAAAACUCGUAUGGGUUACAAACCAAUUGCCGUACAUUCUAGUAUUCUGUUCUUCACCGUUGCUGACAUGGCAAAUAUUGAACCUAUGUAUCAAUAUUCACUAGUAUGGUUCAUUAAUCUGUUUAUCUUGGCUAUUGACAACUCAGAAAAGUCUGAAAUUCUUGAAAAGAGACUGGAAUCAUUACGUGAAUAUUUCACAUAUUCUCUGUAUUGUAACAUCUGCAGAUCACUGUUUGAAAAAGAUAAAUUGCUGUUCUCUUUCCUUCUGUGUUCAAAUUUGUUAAAACAUAAUAAAGAAGUUGAUGAAGAUGAAUGGCGUUUCUUACUUACUGGUGGUAUUGGGUUGGAUAAUCCACAUUCCAAUCCUGCCACUUGGCUACCACAAAAGUCAUGGGAUGAAAUCUGUCGUCUGGAUGACCUAGACAGAUUCAAAGGUAUUCGCAAGAAAUUCCCAGGUCAGAAAGAAGGCUGGAAGACUAUAUAUGAUAGUGCAGAACCACAUCAUGAAAAGUGCCCUGGAGAAUGGGAAGAUACUCUUGGUCAGUUCCAAAAAAUGUUAUUACUUCGGUGUCUGCGUCCAGAUAAAGUAAUCCCGGCAUGUCAAGACUUUGUAACUGAUAAACUUGAUAGAAAGUUUAUUGAACCACCCCCAUUUGACCUGGGUAAGGCAUUUUCUGACAGCUACUGCUGUGCUGCUCUCAUCUUUAUUCUCUCACCUGGUGCUGAUCCAACUCAAGCUUUACUCAAGUUUGCUGAUGAUCAAGGAUUCGGUGGUGCUAAGCUUAGCUCUUUGUCCCUGGGUCAAGGACAAGGACCCAUUGCUAUGAGGAUGAUUGAGAAAGCUAUAAAAGAAGGUACCUGGGUAGUUCUUCAGAACUGCCACUUGGCUGCAUCUUGGAUGCCAACAUUAGAAAAGACCUGUGAGGAAUUAAACCCAGAAGCUACACAUCCAGACUUUCGUCUCUGGUUAACCAGUUAUCCAUCAGAUACUUUCCCAGUAGCUAUACUACAAAAUGGUGUUAAAAUGACAAAUGAACCACCUAAAGGAUUGAAAGCAAAUGUUGCUAGAUCAUAUCUAAGUGAUCCAAUCUCAGAUCCAGAAUUCUUCAAUGGAGUCAAACAAGUGAGAGCAUUUAAGAAGUUGCUCUAUGGAUUAUGCUUCUUCCAUGCCUUGGUGCAAGAAAGACGUAAAUUUGGUCCACUUGGCUGGAACAUUCCAUAUGAAUUCAAUGAAACUGAUCUGCGUAUUAGUGUACAGCAACUGGCCAUGUUCCUAAAUGAGUAUGAGCAUAUACCGUUUGAUGCACUGAAGUAUCUCACUGGUGAAUGUAACUAUGGUGGCAGAGUUACUGAUGACCAUGAUAGGCGUACAUUAUUGAGUAUUUUGGAGAAAUUCUACUGUUCUGGAAUCGUUGAUACUGAUGAUUAUCGUUUUGAUAACAGUGGUGAUUACUAUGCACCAAAGGAUGGUGAUUAUGAGAGUUAUUUGGACUAUACUAGAUCUCUGCCAAUCAAUCCAUCACCUGAAAUAUUUGGUAUGAAUGCAAAUGCUGAUAUUACUAAAGAUCAGUCAGAGACAACCUUAUUAUUCGACAAUAUCCUGCUCACACAGUCCCGUACAUCAUCAGGAGGCCAAAAAUCCAAUGACGAAAUCGUAGUGGAUGUGGCUGAAGGAAUUCUUGCCAGGCUGCCGCCAAACUUUGAUGUUGAUGCAGGUCUCCGCAAAUACCCGACCACCUAUACACAAAGUAUGAACACUGUGCUCGUCCAAGAGAUGGUCAGGUUUAACAACCUGCUGGAAACAGUGAGGACCAGUCUUAUCAACAUACAAAAAGCUAUCAAGGGGCUUGUAGUCAUGUCUGCUGACUUAGAAGAGGUUGUAUUGAGUAUACUCAAAGGAAAGAUACCGGGUAUGUGGAUGAAGAAAUCUUAUCCCUCACUGAAACCACUUGGCAGUUAUGUCAAUGAUUUUCUUGCUAGGCUGAAAUUUUUACAGGACUGGUAUGAUGUAGGACCACCACCAGUAUUUUGGAUGCCUGGAUUUUAUUUCACUCAGGCUUUCUUGACUGGUGUACAACAGAACUUUGCCAGAAAAUACACCAUACCCAUUGAUUUACUUGGGUUUGACUAUGACUUCUUAGAUGAAAAGAAACACAAAGAACCUCCUGAAGAUGGGGCAUACAUUAAUGGCCUCUUUAUAGAUAGUGCAAGAUGGGACAAAAGAACAAGGCAAAUUGCUGAAGCACAUCCCAAAAUCCUGCAAGAUGCUAUGCCAGUGAUCUGGUUGAAACCUAUCAAACGAGAUGACAUUCCGGUUAAGCCAACAUACUUGGCUCCUCUGUACAAAACAAGCAACAGGCGUGGUACACUAUCCACCACUGGUCAUUCAACUAAUUUUGUAAUUGACAUGAAUGUGCCAUCUGCCCACCCUGAAUCUCACUGGAUUGGUCGUGGUGUAGCCUUGCUAUGUCAGUUAGAUAACUAAAGUAAAACUCAUUUUUUCUACAUUUGGUUCACUAUUUUGACAAUAUAAAUUUGACGCGAUCACAGGCUUAAUAAUCUGCAUAUUAUGAAUGAGGGCUGACAUGGAAUUUUGCAGUGAGAGUACAUAACUUGAAUGUUUCCUCUCCGUGUGUAUAUAAUGUUUGUUUUUUCAAUACAUAUCUCUUUACUACAGUAGUUAUCACUCACAAGUGAUAUUAGCGUGAACCGUUUAACUUGAGUGAAGUACUUGGCUUUCUUCCGUCCACAUACAAUAAUAAAUUCCAAAAUACGAUGAAUUUAAUGAAUAUAUAUAUAUUUGCUGUGUUGUACAUUUCCACAGUGUGUAUAAAAGAAAAUGUACCCUUUGUAAAUUGACUUUCCAGAUACAUUUUUUAAUGUUUUAACUUUCUUUCGCAUUCUAAAAUUUGAAUCAAUAAUUAACACGUUAUCCAUAUUUACAUACAGCAAGUAGAAUGUAUCUAUCACAGACUUUUGAUCUUGGUUUAAAAAGUAAAACUCAAGAAAGUUACAGCAUUGAUCCACUCCAUUCAUCUACUAAAUAUUCCGCCCAUUUGUGCUGUAUAUUGUAAAUUUUGCACAACUUUUACACUUUGCCGAUUGGGGUGUAUUCACACGAUUUGUUAUACAAGGAGAUAGAUUAUAAAAUAGCAAUAAUCGAGAAAAAGAUGAUGUAUAUUAUUUGCUUGUACUUAUUAAUAAACUUGAUGUUAUAACCAAUAAAAUGUUUAUGCAUUGAAGCUGUGCUAACUUUGAAUAUAGGUCUGAAAAAACAGAACACAAGGCAUAAUGUUGCUUUGACAUGU